AACAAGAACAAAAAUUACACACCUGAAAACAUUUUGGAAAAAGAUGACACUCGUGAAAGUACAAUUAUAGACGAUACAAUGGUUUCCAAUUUUGAUUUUUCGGCUAUCAUGGAUGAUAGAUAUGACUUUUCUCACAUUAAGAGAGGCUACAUGGCAAUAAUUGUGAACGAUUCAUUUAAAAACGGACGCAAGAGGAAAGGAUCGGACGUUGACAUGAUUAACCUAAUGGGUGUUGCUAACAAACUGGGAUUGUCUCCAGUGACAAAGAAAAAUGUUACUAAAACUCAGAUGAUGCAGUUUUUACUUGACCUGCAGAUGUUGGACUUUUCUGAGUGCGAUACCUUUGCGUUUGCAAUAAGCACCCAUGGGGUUGAAACACCAAAUCCACGAAAGGGUGGGGCGCUGGAUCAUGCUCUUGUCUGCACGGAUGAUGAGCUGAUUUAUACGAGCACUAUUACGGAGAUGUUCAGCAAUGGAAAUUGUCCGUCAUUAUGCAAUAAACCCAAGAUGUUCUUCAUCGAAGCAUCGAAGAAGAAUAUUGAAGAGGAAACCGUCUCACUACAUUGUGAGAUUGAUCAACUAGUAUUCUAUGCUUCACCACCCGGUACGAGCGCAUUGAGGAACGAAGCAGAAGGCUCUUGUAUGAUAAGCGAUUUGCACAGCCUCAUUUGUAGGCAGGAUACAAGCAGACCGUUCGACAUGCUGAAAAUGCUCACAAAGGUCAUCGCCAAAACAUGUCAAAGGUCAAGCCAGAGUCGCCCCGAUCUAGCGUUGGGAGACAAGAAGGCUGUUCCAGUGAUAAAACAUAAAAUGACCAGAGAUUUGGUCAUGGAACCGAAAUCUGCACUUCUGUUGGAUUAUGAAAAGGAAGAGUAAUUAAUUUUCAUUCGACACAACCUGUCUAACAAAAAUUCAAUAAUUUACUUUAAAUGUUACAGCAAUACUAUAUAAACUCGUAUAGACGCUUCCAAAACCGUAUAUCAAGGCGUUCGAGCGGCGGGAUCAUCGUGUCUAGAGACAGUAUACGCAAAGUAGUUUUUUAGUAAGAAUUAACAUAAACUAUUAGUAAGAAUUAACAUAGACUAUUACUAUGGCUUAAAAUAGAUAAAACACAUGCCAAUAUUGAAUAUGGUAUUUAUUUAGCUGUAAUGUAUAUUCCACAUGAGAAUUCACGAACGCAUGAUAUGUAUGAUGUAAACAUGUUUUGACUGUUAGAAUCCGAUAUUUAUUUUUUAAUAGUAAAGAAAAAGUAUUCAUCACUGGGGACGCACAUGAAAGAACUGGUCAUAAAGUUGAUUUUAUAGGCAAUGACAGAAGCUUAGGUGAUUUUGAUUUAUUUGAAAUAGAUACUUCAGUUCAGAGGGCAGCACGUGACCCUAGUAAAAAUAGAUUUGAUAACUAUUUGCUAGACGUAUGUACAUCUAAUAUUUAAGAAUUGUAAACAGUAGACUAUUUCGACGUAAAGCAGAUGGCAAAAUAACUUGUUUGUAUACCCAUAAAAGGGAAAGUACAGCAGGCUAUUUGUUAUCAGUAAAACACUUUCACUAUUAAACCGAUUUUAAGGUGCACGAUUUCGCGGAAUUCUCAAAUCAUGCCCCAGAGACUUUUGCUCUGACCACGAACAACCCGGUUACUAACUGUUAAAAUAAUCAGCGCGUAUACGUUAAAUGGAAAUCAGAGUACAGCGAUUAUUUCGUGCACGACAUAUUCAACGGUGCUCAAAAACAAGAACACAAUUUACAAUUAAGUAUUU